AUGGCGUCCUUAUCCCAGGAACCCAAAAAAUUCGUCCUCCCCGACCUCGUCUCGCACUGUACAUUCCCCAUCUAUGUCAGCCGCCACCGCAAGCAAGUGGAAACCGAGACCAAACGCUGGCUCUUCCGAGGCGACAACCUACAAAAUCCCAAAAUUCGCUCACGAUUCCAUGGGCUGAAAUGCGGAACUCUUUCGGCAAUGUGCUAUCCCGACGCUGGCUACCCACAGCUUCGCGUUUGCAACGACUUCUUAACCUAUCUCUUCCAUAUCGAUAAUUUGUCCGACGACAUGAAUAAUCGGGGCACGCGGACUACCGCAGACGAGGUCCUUAACUCGCUCUACCACCCCCACAAGUAUCAAGGCGCCGCACGUGUGGGCAAGAUGACUCGCGAUUAUUAUAAGCGCAUGAUUCUGACGGCCGCGCCAGGCACUCAGCAACGCUUCAUCGAGACAUUCGACAUGUUCUUCCAAUCCAUCACCGAACAAGCCGAAGCCCGGAGUGAAAACGUCGUGCCUGAUCUGGAGUCUUACAUUGCACUGCGAAGAGACACGUCUGGCUGCAAGCCGUCCUUCGCGUUGAUUGAGUAUGCCAACAACUUAGACAUUCCCGACGAGGUCAUGGAGCACCCACUCGUCGCCAGUCUGACGGAGGCCGCCAAUGACCUUGUUACCUGGUCAAAUGACAUCUUCUCGUACAACGUCGAACAGUCAAAGGGCGACACUCACAAUAUGAUUCCUGUCGUCAUGGAGCAGCAAGGUCUCUCGCUGCAAGAAGCAGUCGACUUCGUUGGCGAAAUGUGCAAAGCCACCAUUGACCGAUUCUGCGAGGACCGCGCAGCCCUGCCAUCUUGGGGUCCUAAGAUCGACCGAGAUCUCGCCAUCUAUGUUGACGGCUUAGCCAACUGGAUUGUCGGGUCAUUGCAUUGGUCGUUCAUGACGGAGCGCUACUUUGGGAAGACGGGUGCUAAUGUCAAACGCAGCCGCGUUGUUGACCUGCUCCCUCGGCGGGUGUGA